CUAUUUCCCACUAUUCCUCUCUCCCUCUUGUACAGAUCGCAGCGUGGCAACCGGCGGGUUCGAUUGCUUCUUCGUCACUCUCGCGGUUCACUCCUAAUACAAAAUGCCACUCAACCUUGGUGAUCCAUUUCCAAACUUCAAGUGCGAUACUACAGUCGGUACGAUUGACUUCCACGAAUGGCUCGGAAACUCAUGGGGCAUUCUGUUCUCUCACCCUGCUGAUUACACGCCAGUGUGCACCACUGAAUUGGCUAGGGCAGCGCAGUUGGCUGGCACCUUUGAGAAGAAAGGAGUGAAGCUCAUUGCUCUCUCGUGUGACAGCGUUGACAGUCACAAUGGCUGGAUUAAGGACAUUGAAGCCUUUGGGGAGCUUCCUGAUGGGCCUUUCCCAUACCCCAUCAUUGCAGAUGAGAAGCGUGAGAUUGCAGUGAAACUUGGCAUGCUUGACCCCGUGGAGAAGGACAAGGCGGGACUCCCUCUCACCUGCCGGGCCGUAUUUAUCAUUGGCCCUGACAAGAAGAUGAAGCUUUCAAUGCUGUAUCCAGCUACCACUGGAAGAAACUUUGACGAGGUACUCCGUGCCACGGACUCGUUGCUUGUUACUGAGACCAGGAAAGUUGCCACUCCAGCUGGCUGGAAGAUUUACAAUGACGUAAGUACGGGCUAGCACACCGUUGUGGAUGUCUCAACGUCGUGAGAUUCAGAUAAAUAGGAUUGAGGUCUUAUUUCGAGCGUGAUAUGAGAUGGUCUUUUUGUUUUUAUUUCUGGAAUAUAUGUCUGGUUUGCAUGGCAGAAUGCAAGCCAAGAGCUACUGACAGUAACGUUAUCUCAGUGGAAGGGAUGGUUAUAUUAGUUGUUUUUAAUAAUUUGCCAAAAGUUUGAUUUGUAAAGUUUUUCACAGUGGCUCUGAGCAGCACAAGAAAGCAUGUGACAGUUUGUUUUCAGUAGUUUAUUAGGGUAUUCAUUAGUGUUUUGGGUGAACUCGGUUGUCUCACGACGUAAACCCCCAAUUAUUAUUAUGUUUUGGGUUAAACCACCUGCAAAACCGCAAAAACUAAAGUUAAAACACAAAAACGGACAGCACGAGACGAGGCUGAAACCAGCGAUGAAACUUUUAAUAUAGGAGGUACAAAUAUAUAUCAUGAAGACCCCAGGUAGGGGAAAGGGAACGCCGCUCUGUCUUCUCCAAGGAAGCGGAUAUGACGCCUGAUAUCUGAUUCAUUCAACGGUUAGCGCAGGGUAAAACAAAGAAAAGAGGAAACUGUUGUGGGCGACAAGGAUGCCUCGUGUCUUUGUUAUCUACGACCGCAAGGUUUAAAGGAGCUGCGAACUCUUCCAAGCUAGCCCACCAACUGCGUCUGCUCCAAGCGGGGGGCUUUAUUUUGUCGGCUGUGACACCUUUUGUAUAGGUCCGUAUCUUCACCAUAUAUAGGACUCUCCUUGCCAACCAUCAUCCCGGAUGACAACAUUCUCGCCCAUGAUUUGUUGAUAACGAGAGAUGGAUUGUAUUAUAUAUCUUAGAGCCUGAAGUUUUAGGGUUUUACCCGAUUCUUCCCCGAAUUUGCACCCCAAAUUGAAGGUUGCCUCUUUAGGGUGAAACCCGAUUUUUACCUGGCAAAUUGGGAUGUCUGUAGCAAUGCAUUAAUUUACUUGUUUGGCAGAAAAAUUCAGUUGCAUCACCAUUUGUACCAAACCACUACAGUUAGCUGAGUAACUGAGCCCGAUUUCACCAUGAAUUUAGCAUACUGGAAGUUUUUUUCACCUGAAUUCGCACAAAUUUAGUGCGCAUGUUUAUUUACCCGAUUUUUACCCCCCUGAAUUUAGAAAAAAAUAUUUCCCGAAAACUUCAGGCUCUAUAUAUCAGUGUUCGAGGUAACUCGUUACUGUAACUAAGUUCCUUUUUUUGGUAACUUCUAACUUAACUCGAUACUUUUGCGCCGUGGUAACUUUCAGAGGAACUCUUACCUUUUUCAGGUAACUUUGCCAAAGUAACUUAGGUUAAUUUCCAAGUUACUUUUAACUCUCUUUUCACUCACGUCCACAUAUUUUCUCGCUUUCUCUCCGGUUCCUUCAUGGCUUUUUUCCCCGUAACUUUUUUCUCCAUAAAACGUGAUAUUCAAUCAAUGGCAGUAUUUUAUUCAGGAAGUAAGAACUGCUGCCAAUGAAAUGAAGCUGAACCAUUGUGCGCUCAUAGGGGGUAAGAUGCAAAGCAUUCGAAUACACCUCUACCAGAGAAACGUCAUCAUGACAUUGGUAGACAGACUGAAACCGGAAGAAGAGGGCUGGGUUCCACGAACGGGCACUUGUUUGCUGCCUCCCAUUGAAAGAAAAGCAGGACCGAGGGUCGCGUCCCUUUAAGGGACCAUAUCGCAAUCCCCUCCAGACCGUUACCUUCGGGCGCCACCUUCACCUCUAACUUCGAGCGUAGUUCAAUUCAACCAAAUUUGAGGCACUGUCGAACACUAUGACGUCAUUCGUUUUCAAACAGGGAGGGGUUUAUUGUUGGACAUAAACGAAAACUAUCUAAGCGUAUUGCACUUCUCCGCAGCCAACUCAAGGUCUAACUCAACUGCUUGCGCGUGCUGCACCUGCAUAAUGCUAUUUUGUGUCCUAAGUAACUUGGAAGUAACUCGGUUCUCUUUUUUAAGGAAGUCAGUAACUGCGAGUUACAUUUCAGGCUGAAGAACUUCGUUAUUAACUUAGCUACAUUUUGCGCACGGUAACUUAACCUGUAACGAGUUCUUCUUGACGGGUAACUUCUCAAUCUACGCUAUAUAUCAUUGAUGUGCGGCUAGAAAAUUGGCUCCGCCUCCCGCUUUCAACAAAUCAGGGACAAGGACGUUGUCGUUUGGUGUGAUGGUUGGCUAGGAGCGUGCUAUGUGGUGAAGUUCAUUUUUAAGAGUGUAGAGCAGAACGUUAAGUGUAGCACCGCAUUGGCGUCCGAUUCGCGGCUACAAUUCUUCCUGUGACGUAACAAUGGAUAUAGAGGUAUCUGGAUGACAGUACAUCUACUCGCCCGUAUCCGAAAAAAAGUGUGUUUUUGCAUGAACACUGCACAUGUUGUGAAGGAGAAGUAUUGAACAAUAAAUUGUAAAUAGAAUUACGAAGCGUGGAAUAACAAUAUUACACCAAUAUUAUGUACACCCAUAACUAAAUACUAGGGGAGUGCGAGUACUCGAAUUUUCGAAUACGAAUCGAGUAAUACGAUAUACAGUUGAACCUCUAUAUAACGAAUUUGUAAAUGCUGGCUCUUUGUUUCGUUAAAUCGAGAUAUUCGUUAAAUGGAACACGCCAAGUUAAACAAAGAUGGCCGCCGCACUACCAGCGCCGCGCGUACCGCAAAACGUCAUUUGUCAUAAAACAGGUACUAAGGUAAGAAGGGCACAAAAUAUCAAGCUUUAUUCAUUACAUAACGCUAGGUAAUGCGUAAUUUGUGCACAAUAUCGUUCUGAGCAUUCAUAACCUUCGUAACUCCUGAUGACCUCGACUGCUUUCUCCUACGCGAUCGCGUAUCGAAGUUUCUUGGUUGGUUCACUUGCACUCAUGACGUCCGGAAAGAACAACCGUACACCGCCGAAAAGAAUGAGAAACGGGUACAUGUCACGUAAACGUCUGCGCCGAUGGAACCUUGAACGGCAGCGGCAUCAUGCCCAUUUUACCACCGUCAGCAUCAGCGGCGCGAACAAAAACAAGUAAUGAAAAGGCACAAAACCGCAACGUACUGUCGUCUUCAUCAACACAAGCAAAUUAGACUUCGCGAGAUGUCAGCAAUGUGUGUUUUCUUGUCCGAAAACAGGUGCGAAGAGACCCUCGCGCCGGUUUCGAAACAGCGUCGGCGCAACGAUUACCGGCGGCGGAGACGCACAUGUCGGCACGCUCGUGCCUACAGCACGUGACAACCGAAGUAACCAACGAAAACUCGCGUAAGGACAACAGAGAGGGAAGGUUUCUCCUCCUUUUCUUCGUGGUGAAGGGGAAAGACACGCGCAGAAGAGCCCAGAGAUUUCGUUAAAUAGAGGUGACCAAACGAAUGUAUUUCGUUAAAUCGAAUGCAAAAAUACAUUGGCGUCUAUAGGGAUGCGUUCGUGCAACGGAAAUUUUAAACAGAGGAGUUCGUUAAAUCGACGUUCGUUAUUGAGAGGUUCAACUGUAUCCGGUUGAUAUUCGCAAAGGAUAUUCGCUAUUCGCAAUUUUCGAAUAUUUUUCGAGUAUCUGCCCACUGGCAGAGAUGCACGCGGAGACACCAGGGGUGCUGCUAGGCUGGUAGCGCUGCUUGGUGACGUCACCGCGCGUGAGCUUCCUCCUCGCCACUCCUCUCCCAAAGCGAAACCACGUGCAACUGAUGAAACCGUUGAGACGCAGUCACUAGUCGCGCAGGGCAUGGCAAGUUCGGCUGUGUGUACAACUGAAAAACUGCAGGAUGAUGGACACGGUUGUGAAGUUGUGCAGGAUGACGCGGCAGCGAAGCGAACAAACAGAAGCGCCAUGUGGGACUACUUCCAAAAAGAAUCUGCAGUUUCUGCUAGUUGCAACCGGUGCUCUGCGCGCAUCCAGACACCAUCGGGGUCCACAACCAGCCUCGUGAAUCAUCUGAAGCGACAUCACCUACUUUAUGCUGAGUUUAAGAAGAAACAUGAGGCUAAGAAGGCGGAACAGCAAAGAAUCGACAAGUUGGCCACAAAGAGACAGCUGCCACGUGCUCGUAAAGAAGCAUUGGAUGUCAAAGUGGCACGCAUGAUAGCCCUAGACUACCAACCGUACAGUGUGUUCGAGGAUCGCAGGUUUUGAGAACUUCUGUCCGAAGCGGUACCAGACUACUGCCCUCCUUCAAGAACGACGCUAUCUUGGACGCUAGUACCGAAACUCUUUCACGACACAAGGAGAGAAGUUCAAGCAGAACUCGAAACUGCCUUACAAAAUGGUGUUGAGUCCAUGUCAUUCACGUCCGACAUGUGGACGUCACGCUCGAACGCCAGCUUCAUAAGCCUAACGUGCCACUUCGUCGGUCACAGCUUUCAAGUGAAGAGGUACAACUUGGACACGCGUAGUUUUUCGGGAAGGCAUACUGCGACGCAAAUAUCAUCGGUUCUCCGCGACAUGGUGAAACACUGGAACGUACCACUGGAUAAAUUUCCAAUCUACAUCCAGGCUAGCACGCAAGUACCUCGCUAUUCCAGCAACGUCAGCUUCCAGUGAACGGGCAUUCUCAGCAGCAGGAAAUGUUGCUACACCAUGCAGAGCUGCCUUACUCCCUGAGCAUGUCAGGCAGUUGACAUUUCUGCACAACAACCUGUGAACUGUUGAACAACAACUGAACAGAGUAUUCCAGUGUGCUUAGACAAGACUAAGAAGUGUUGUGUUAAGUGUACCUCAGUGUGCCAAGACUGCCUGAAUUUAAAACCAAGUGAAGGUUCAACUAUUUCAGUGUGUUUGAGAGUCUCCAAAAUGUACAUUUGUGGGAAGAAAAUAAAUAAGAAAUGUGUGA